GCAGCAGCAGCAGCAGCCGCCGCCGCCGCCGCCGCCCGCUCCCGCCCGCGCGCGGCGGGAUGGACGAUCAAUCCAGGAUGUUGCAGACUCUGGCCGGGGUGAACCUGGCCGGCCACUCGGUGCAGGGGGGCAUGGCCUUGCCGCCUCCCCCCCAUGGCCACGAAGGGGCGGACGGCGAUGGCAGGAAGCAGGACAUCGGCGACAUCCUUCACCAGAUCAUGACUAUCACCGACCAGAGCCUGGACGAGGCACAAGCAAAAAAACAUGCACUGAAUUGUCAUAGAAUGAAACCUGCUCUCUUCAGUGUCCUGUGUGAAAUAAAAGAGAAAACAGGUCUCAGCAUCAGAGGAGCCCAGGAGGAGGACCCCCCAGAUCCCCAGCUAAUGAGACUGGACAAUAUGCUGUUGGCAGAAGGGGUUUCAGGUCCUGAGAAAGGUGGGGGAUCGGCAGCAGCAGCUGCAGCCGCGGCCGCCUCUGGAGGUUCUUCAGAUAACUCUAUUGAACACUCAGAUUACAGAGCCAAAUUGACCCAGAUCAGACAAAUCUAUCACACAGAACUGGAGAAAUAUGAACAGGCAUGUAAUGAAUUCACUACACAUGUAAUGAACCUUCUCCGAGAGCAGAGUCGAACACGUCCCAUUUCUCCAAAAGAGAUUGAGAGGAUGGUGGGCAUAAUCCAUCGGAAAUUCAGUUCAAUUCAGAUGCAGCUCAAACAAAGUACUUGUGAAGCAGUCAUGAUUUUAAGAUCAAGGUUCCUCGAUGCCAGACGAAAAAGACGUAAUUUCAGCAAACAGGCAACAGAAAUCUUGAAUGAAUAUUUUUAUUCACACCUCAGCAAUCCCUACCCCAGUGAAGAAGCCAAAGAAGAGCUGGCAAAGAAAUGCAGCAUUACAGUGUCACAGGUAUCCAACUGGUUUGGCAACAAGAGAAUCAGGUACAAGAAGAAUAUAGGGAAGUUUCAGGAAGAAGCCAAUCUCUAUGCUGCAAAAACAGCGGUGACGGCUGCACAUGCUGUAGCUGCAGCAGUCCAGAAUAAUCAGACGAAUUCACCCACUACACCAAAUUCUGGUUCUUCUGGUUCUUUUAACCUCCCAAAUUCUGGGGACAUGUUCAUGAACAUGCAGAGUCUGAAUGGGGAUUCUUACCAAGGGUCCCAAGUCGGAGCCAAUGUGCAAUCACAGGUGGAUACCCUCCGUCAUGUUAUCAAUCAGACGGGAGGCUACAGUGAUGGCCUGGGAGGAAAUUCACUGUAUAGUCCACAUAAUUUAAAUGCUAAUGGAGGCUGGCAAGACGCAACAACUCCAUCUUCUGUGACUUCCCCUACUGAAGGCCCAGGAAGUGUGCACUCUGAUACCUCUAACUAAUCUCCUAGCAACACUUUUUCCCUGAGCUGAUCUGCUUUGAUAAGUGCAUUCAGAGCAAUAGGAGGAAAAGAAAUGAGUUGUUUUUUUGUUUUUGUUUUUGGUAGCCCACCAUCUACAGCUUUACUGUAAAACCUUGUCUUAUUAGAGAACUUGGGAAACAUGUUUUUUAAGGAUUCAUAAUCAUUUGUAUUUAUACUUAAAAAUACACAAUAUUAAAAAGCACUUUAUCCAAUUAGGCCAAGACUUAGCAUUGUUGACAGCCCCAUAGCUAUUUUAUUCUAAUUUAUUAUCAAUUGUUUUCACAUGAAUGGUUUCACAGUUGCCAAUUACUUGACCUUAAGGGUAAAAAUUCAAUAUAAGUUUAACCUCAAUAGUGGGAGCAGACACAGAGAUACAUACACCUCACUGAAAUUUACCUUCGGGCAUAUUCCCAUCAGAAAACCGAACUGAAUCACAGAGUUCCACCAUAUUUCAUCUUUUCAUAUCUCUUAGAAAGCUGGAAUAAAGAGCUUGUUCGGUUAUUGCAGUGAACGAUGGUCGUGUUUCAGAAUUUUUCCUCGUCACAUUUUUGUUGUGAUCUCUUCCUUUAUCAUUUGAUCAGAGACUGGUAGCAUCUUUUCUCUCUCUGAAAGCAUCAGUGCCCAGAGUCUACUCUGUAAUUUAAUCAUGGAUGUAGAUUGUUCUAAGAGGUUGCUGCUUAGUUUGGUGAACGCUAAGAUCUGGGGGUUUUACAGUAUGAGCCGGGCGCUGCACACUGACUUGUCAAGAUUUGCUACUUCCUCUUGGCAACAAAAAGGCACCGUUAUAUGGAGUGUUGUAUAUAGUGUAGCAAAAGAGUAUUUAUACAUCUCACCAAUCAAAACACAGCUUUAUUACCUCAUGCGAACUCAUACAAACCAAUAGAAUUUCAACAUGUUCUGUAGCUUAGAGUGCUCACUUACUACCUCUGAACAAUACUCACGCUGUAGUUUGUCUUUCUUAUCUUUUUGCAUCUUGUAAUUAACUCUUUGUUUCCCUUCAUGAAAUGUACAUUGUAAUCUUUUAAAACACACACACACACACACACACACACACACACACGCACGCACACAUACCCCAAAACAAAAAAACAAAAUUGGGGUUGCAUUUGCAACUUUAAAAAAAAAUCCCUAAAGUGGAAACAUUGGGUCUUAAUUUAACAUGGAAUCAGUGAAACUGUUGUAAAUACUGAGAAACAUUUUGAAUGUUCUUCAUCUUGUUGCUAAUCCACGCAAAAAAAAAAAAUUGUGAUGCAUACAGAUUUCAGUAUUCAGUACUGUAUAUUUCACCCUGUGUAACGGGGCCCCCUAUCCUUUUUUCUCUUUUGUAUUGUAUGCGAUUCUGAACCUGAUUGAGUCAUGGAAAUAAUUUGUGGCAGUGAUUCUAAUGUAUUAAAAAACGUUUCGUGUUACUUUCUAACUGGAUUACACCCUGGAUUGAAAAAGUCUUCCUUGUGGUAGUUAUAUGUAGUUUCAAACAUGAAUAAACUUUUUGCUUUCAUGAA